AUGAUUAUCAAUCCAUUUGAACGUGAAACACCAUUUCGUCAAAGUGUCUCAGAAAAACGUCGUUUAACUAAUCAACCAAAUAAACAAGUUAUUCAAUGGAAACAACGAUCAUUUCAUGAAGGUCGAACACUAAACGAACGAAAACAAUCAACACGAGCAUUGCCUAAUUCAUCAUCUUCAAAAAAUAAUAAUAAUAAUCGUUCAUCACCUGUUCUUAUUCGUUCAUCGUCAUUUGAAAGUAUUCAUACAACAGCUGAAGGACAUGAUUCACCAAAUGUUAUAAUUAUUAAUGAUGAAGAACGAAAACGUCAAGCUAAAUUACGUGGUCGAGCAUGUAAUGAUUCAUUUCGACAAGCUGUUGAUAAAUCUUAUUGUCAUAAUCAGAAUGUCAAUGAGGAUGAAACAACGAAUGAUGAUAAAUUAAAUAAAUCAGAAAAACAUCGAUUUCGUUUUUCGAAUUUAUUUACUUCGAAAUCAAAACGAAAAGAACAACAAGAGGAAACAACAAAUAAAACGAUGGGUAUUCAACAUCAAACAUCUUCUCAUGAUAACAAUCGUCCAACAUUUUUUCCACCUCCACCACCACCAUUUACUUCAAGACAAGACUCAACAUCAUCAUCGUCAUCAUCUGUCAAUAAAACACCCAAAACUCAAAAUAACGAUCGUCCUUCAACUGUAUUUUCAUAUCCAUCAACAUCAAAUGAACAACCACAAGGUUAUCAACCAUAUCAUUUUGAUUCCAGUCAAACAUCUUCACAUGGACAACAAAAAUUUGAUCACUUAACGUCAACACGUUAUGAAUCUCAAAUGAUACAUGAUUAUCAAUCUAAAAAUAUACCUGUGUUAUGA